AUGAUCAACGACAAGCAGGUGGAGUUGAUCCAGAGGAGAAAGGAGGUCUCCCGCCUGAAACAUGAGGCGGAGUCACUGCAGCUCGAGAACGAGAAGCUCGAGGUGCAAUUGUCUCGGUCCUCUCUCCGUGGUGUCACAGCAGCCGACUCGGUCGAGGCGGCAAACCUUGAAAAAGAAGCAGAAGAAUUGAAGACUCAGAAAGAGGCCCCAUUUGGCCAAGCACUGGCGUGCCUUUAUUCGGCCACCUGUGUCUACUUGCAAUGGGCUGAUGCUGCAGAAGGUGAUGUGGCUACGACCAUCAGAGAGCCAUCUUCAGUAGCUUUGGAUGAUCCUUUGCACAGACUUCUGAAGAGGUCCAAACUGGCUGAAUCUCUGGAAGGUUUGAGCUGGGCGCCUGAAGUUUGGGUCGACCUGCUCACAGACUGUGUGGUCAUCUCACUGCUGAUUUGGCUGGUGCGCAUCAAUGACCUGCGAAGCUGGACCCACCUGGCGCUGGUCGCCACGGUCUUGGCGAUGUUGAAGGGCUUGCUGGCGUGGUGCACGGUGCUGCCGGAUGCGACCGGAUGGAUGGGAUGUCAGAGACGCUUAGGGCCUCAUGGCUUGAUGUACUUCCGUGAGCAGAACAGUGGAGCCCUGGGAUCCGUGAAUUCGAUUUUGGACAUCUUUCUCCUCACUGUGCAAAGCCUUUGGUUGCUGGGACGUGCAGCGCCACAGCAAUUGUGUGCUGAUACAGUCUUUUGCUGCUCCACCAGCACAACUGUACUGGUGUGCCUGGGUGCCUAUGAUGCCGUGGCCCAAAGCGUCGCAUCCGAGUUAAGACGCGAACGGCGUGCGGCGAUCCUGGCGCUCACCGGGUUCAUUCUGUGGGCCAUUCUGAUGGCCGACGUAACGUUGGCCGUCGGAAGCAAGCUGCACUACAGCCUUGACGUCUUCAUGGCCAUUCCGCUGACCUUUCUAAUCUAUGGAAAUCCUGCGAUCGCCGUUUGUGCGAGUGACUGGGCGGGGGACGCUGAAAACCAGCGACCAGUCUCCAUGGACGGCUUUCGACUGGAACCUGAUCUGGGCAACAUAUCCAUUGAGCCUUGCUGCCUCCCUUUUGGCGAUUUGGCAGGUCAAUACUUCCUGCAAAGACAGUCAUUGCAGUCCAGGUUCCUCUGGACUGAAGAGCAACAGCGUGCUCUUCGGCGGAAGAGGAUGGAGAUGAGUGGAAAGGUGGAGGCGAACAAGAGGCGAGCGCAGUCCCUGGCCGAGACCACGGCAUCGCUCCGCGCGUCCGAAGAGCGCUGCAAGGCACAGCGUGAGGAGGAGCUUCAACACCGGUUGCAAGAAGAGCAGGAACUGCAGGAGAAGCAGCUAUUUGAGCUGAAGGAAAGACUGGAUGAGACCAAGAAGGCCAUAGCUCUUCUCCAGCCUGAAUGA